AUGGCGGGCAGGGAUACUAUCCUCAACGCGCUACAAGUCGCAGCUAUCGCUACCAUCCUGAAGACCGAGUUCGAGCCCGCUGUGCAGAGGCUUGAUCCCACCUUUUCCGGGGGGUUUUCUGCCGUUCACACCUGGGUAUAUCAGCGAAAGGAUAAGAUUUUCCUUGAGGACUCGUUCUUCAAGGAGAAGCGACAUGAUCCACGCGUUGAAGGGGCGGUAGUGACCAAGUUCCGCAACUAUUAUCGGAAGUUGCGCCUGGCGAACCCUGCAAGGCCGCCUGCGACCGGCUCGCUCGUUGACGUGCUUGUCCCCCCGGCAACAGCCCUACAAUUGUACGAGGAUGACGUUCAAGAUCUCCUACGCGCGCAGGUGCCGGGGCAAGAUAAUGAUGCAUAUCAGACGCGUCUGAAGGACAUGUGGUUAGGCCUGCAUGACGAUAUGCGCGCGCAGUACGAUCGCAAUGUCAAGAUUCCUGCGCUCUCUGCGACCGUCAAUCGUAAGACGCUCACGACCAACCUGGGGACAGCACUGGACGUUCUCUGUCGGGAUGCGUCGCUUGGAGGCAUGAUGGCCCUGUCGUUCUUCGCUUUCCGUGAUAGCAAUGGCGAAAUCGAUUUCAUAAGGUGUGAUGGGCGCCUCGACGAUUUCACGGUUCAAUUCGGCGCCGAAGAUAAGGAAAAGAAUGCUAUCGAAACUUUUCGUCGUGCAUGGCGCAACUAUGCUGACACGAUCAUCCCCUCUCAUACACCUCGGUCUUCAACGUCUUCUCCCCUUCAGACGGUCAUCAUCCCGCGCAAUAGCCAAAACAUUCCCGUCUUUCCUUCAAUGGAUUUGAGGACCGUCACCCCUUUCGCGCUGAAAAGCGCAAUGUUACAGUAUAUGGAAGCAGCAUGGAUCCAUUCACGAGGGCCUCUUUGUGCGAUGCCAUGGGGGGACAUUGCCCAACAUCCGGCUGAUUUUUAUGACACCGAGACCUACGACUUCAUGUGCUUCGACCGGGCGGCGCUUGACGACCCGUCCCGUUCAUUUCCACUCGCUGCAACGCUCAUCGAACGCUGCGGCAUAGAUUCGAGAAGCCCAUUCACGUUCAUGUCCGACUCUACAAGUCGAACUCCCCAUACAUCAACUUCUUCGCGAGUUGCGGCAGUCCACGCGCAGGAGCAAGCUGAUAGAGUGUGGGACGUAACUCGUGAGACCUCUGCUCCGUCCCGUGCAUCGUUCUCAACCUCAGCGAUUCCACCAUCAGCGGAUGCGAUUGACAGUGAUCUGGGGACAUCUGCUACCGCAGUGCAGACCCUGACGUACUUCGCGCACAGCCACAAGCUGCCUCCAUCUACCGAGGCGUAUCACUCCGCUGGAGAAGCGACGUCUAUGUUAGGCACUCCGUUCACCAAUGGACAUACAGGUGGCAAGCGUGCUCACGAGGAAGGUGGGCCCAUCAAUGCGCGACUUUGUCACGAUGAUCUACCUGCCAAGCACGGCGGGCGUCAUUUGGCAACCAAGAGCGGCAUCACGGGGCAUCGAAGAACGAACGCGGUCAUGAAGAAAGCUCCCAUAAAGGGGGGGAACAAGAACAAGCCUCGCGGUCUCUUAAAGAUGGCAUGGGGUACGUUUUUGCGCGCUAUGAAAUUCAACCCACUGAACACCCUUUAG